CUCAUAUUUUGGUACAGAACUACAGAAGAGAGCAGCAACUUAGCUUAAUAAGCUUAGCAAGAAGAAGAUGGCAUGGCUACUUUGGAUGGUGCAGAAGCCGGUUUAUUUUCUGGGGAGGCAAUGGAACGGUGUCGACAUAGUUAGUGUUUUCACCCUUGGUGCUAUACAUCUUCUUGCUCUUCUGGCGCCAUUUCAUUUCACAUGGUCUGCGUUUUGGUUGGGCGUAGCACUCUACUAUGUCACUGGUGUGGGGGUAACUAUAUCUUUUCAUAGAAAUCUCGCCCACAGAAGCUUCAAGCUUCCCAAAUGGCUCGAAUACUUCUUCGCCUAUUGCGCGGUUCAUUCACUUCAGGGAAGUCCACUAGAAUGGGUUAGCUCACACAGGAGUCACCACCAGUUUGUGGACACGCCGAAUGACCCUCAUACCCCUCUUAAGGGUUUCUGGUUUAGUCACAUUGGUUGGAUCUUUGAUUUUCGUAAACGUUUUGGAAGUUAUGAUGGAAAACUAUACAAUGUUGGAGAUUUGAAAAAACAGACAUAUUAUAAGUUUCUUCACUACACGUACCCUUAUCAUUGUAUUGCUUGUGGAGUUGUACUCUAUCGCAUAGGAGGAAUGCCCUAUUUAGUUUGGGCACUGGCUGUGAGAACGAUAUUUCUUCUCCAUGUAACUUUUUCAAUAAAUUCGGUUUGCCACAUAUGGGGAAACCAAGUAUGGGAUACUGGUGAUUUGUCCAAAAACAACUGGUUAUGUGGAUUGCUAGCUCAUGGAGAAGGUUGGCACAAUAACCACCAUGCUUUUGAGUACUCAGCUCGACAAGGUUUUGAAUGGUGGCAAAUUGAUAUUACUUGGUAUCUAAUAAGGUUUCUUGAGAUUGUUGGUUUGGCAACGGAUGUUAAGCUCCCGACUGAGCUUCAGAAGAACCGAAAAGCUUUGUCAAACAAAAUCAGUAGCAUGGAGCAGGAGGGAAGGUUUGAAACAAAAGUGAAAUGAUUUAAGAGGAAACCUAGCUGCUCAGAAUCUCAGAUCGAUAUAAGCAUAUGAGUACAUGCAUUGUGCUAUAUAUAUAUUAUAUUAUAUAUAAUAUAUAUAUUAUAUUAUAUAUAAUAUAUAUUAUGUAUUACAACAUUGCUUUGGUUUCUCUGUAUCGAUAUGUUUUAAUACGGUUUUAACUUUUAUCAGCAUAUCUCCUUUUACUCAUGAGUAAUAUUUACUAAGUGAAAAUAAGUGGAAACUAGUCUGCAAAUUAAUAUAGAUCGAGUUUAUCUUUCUCA